AUGCCGCAACACCCUACCAACAGACACAAACCGUACGCCUGGGAAACUGGUCCGAUGAUCCUUCUUCCAAACUCAAUAUUACAGGCCGACGAUGCGCCACCAGAUCCAAAAGCUGCCUCCAAGACGAUUGCUGUAUGUAACUGUCUCAUCCGCGCAUUGAACAGCAUCUACAUCCAAGCGCCACAUGUUCCCAUGAUCGAGUACGCAAACCUAGUAUCAUAUUGUCUAGCAACAUACCAAUGUCUGCUCGCACAGCUAGGAACAACGUUUCAAAAAGAGGAGGAAGAUGCAAGACUGGCCGAAUGGGGCAACUGGCUAGAAUCCUGUGCGGCGAGACGAAAUAACUUUAGUACCGAGAUGUGCAAGAGUAUGAUGGACGAUUUUAUGCCUGUCCUACACAAAAAGCUCAGCACACCCCGCAACGAGGAAACUGGGAAGAUGGGCUUAGACAGCAACACUCAAGUACCCAUUUUCUGGACCAAUCACGAUGUUACGUCAGAGAAUCAGUUGCCUCGGGGUUUAGCACCAGAUACCAAAGCUAUAAGGUGGUGGAUAGGGAGAAAGAAGGCCGACUGGUGGAAGUUUAGUACGUGCGGGUUUAAUGGGCUGCCGCGGGAACUAAAGUUUUACCGAGAGAUGUGA